AUGGCUCAAACUUUAUAUUUCAGCGUUCUUCUCAUCGCUCUCUGUUCAUUAUCUGAAUGCAUUCAGCGGCGCUAUCACUAUAUAAACAUGAAGAUGACCUGGACUGAAGCUCAGAAAUACUGCAGAGAAAACUACACAGAUCUGGCCACAGUCAACAACAUGGAUGACAUGAACGAUAUGAAACAACUGAUGAAGAGCACUCCAGAUGAUGUGAAUGUUUGGAUUGGACUGAAGAGAUUAAAUAACAACUCAUUGGAGUGGUCAGAUGGGAGUGAAUCUACAUUCACACACUGGAGGUUUGGUGAACCUAAUAAUGGUGAACCUGAAAGUUGUGCAGUAGCCAUUAAGAACCAGGAGGGAGUAUGGAAUGAUGUAAGGUGCGAAGAGUCUUAUACCUUUGUGUGUCAUGAAGAUAAUCUGAUAUUGAUCAAUGAGAGUCUGAGCUGGUCUGAAGCUCUGAGAUACUGCAGAGAGAAUCAUGUGGAUCUGGUUUCAGUUGAUUCAGAGGAGAUUCAGCGCUGGUUGACUAAAGUGAUUGAUGAGUCCUCUACUGACGCUGUGUGGAUGGGGUUACGUCACUCCUGUGCUGUUGGUCUUUGGUUCUGGGUGAAUGGAGAGAUGGUCUGCUAUCAGAAUUGGGCUCCAGGGAACGAAACAGCAGUGGACGACUGUGACCGUGAAGUGAAAUCUGGAGCAGUUCAGUCUGGAGAUCAUCAUCUCUGGAUCAGCCUUCCUCAAUCUCACAAACUCAACUUCAUCUGCAGCAGAAAAUAAUCAAAUCAUUUGUGUCUAUCACUUCUUGUUCUUAAGCAGUAGGGUUCAUUUAUAAACAUAUUACAGAUAAAAUACAACAUUAUGCGUUAGUGCAGCAUAAUUUCUUGUAUAGUAAAAAAAUAUAUAUGUUACUCUCCAGACACAAUAUAUUUUUUGAUGUUUCUUUAAUAACUGUUGAAUUAUAUGAAAUGAAUGUGUUAGUUAUAUUUUGGGAGUGGGUUAAAGUUCAUGAUAUUUACUCAUCAGAUGUCACUUCUGUUCUGUUUCAUGUGCUGACUAAUGUAAAAUAAUGAUGGAUAAUUAAUAAAAUCAUCUACAACCAACAUUUUCCACAGUAAAGGUCAAGAGUCUAGCUAAAACAAACACUGAUCAUCAUAAUAAUGACUUUAAAUUAAACAAAACAUCAACAUCUAAACCUUUGUUCUUUCUCAAUAAUGUUAUG